GGGGGCGCCUUGGCGUGACGCGCCCUCCUCGCGGUGCCCUUCAGCCGCCGCCGCAGCGCCCGGCGCCACAUGGACCCGGCCGGCCCGAGCGCGCGCUGCCGCUGACCGCCGCCGCCCGCCCGGGAAGGCAGAGGACGCCUGCCCCACUUGAAUGUGAGAUCUAGGAGUGGUCGCCAGGAGUCAAGCCAGCGCCAUGGAGUUUGUGAUGAAGCAGGCCCUGGGAGGGGCCACCAAGGACAUGGGGAAGAUGCUGGGGGGUGACGAGGAGAAGGACCCCGAUGCUGCCAAGAAGGAGGAGGAGCGCCAGGAGGCACUGCGGCAGGAGGAGGAGGAGCGCAAGGCCAAGUACGCCAAGAUGGAGGCGGAGCGCGAGGCCAUGCGCCAGGGCAUCCGCGACAAGUACGGCAUCAAGAAGAAGGAGGAGCGAGAGGCCGAGGCGCAGGCGGCCAUGGAGGCCAACUCCGAGGGCAGCCUUACUCGGCCCAAGAAAGCCAUACCGCCGGGCUGUGGGGACGAGCCGGAGGAGGAGGAUGAGAGCAUCCUGGACACGGUCAUCAAGUACCUGCCCGGACCGCUGCAGGACAUGUUCAAGAAGUAGCGCCUGGCGGGGACAGCGCCGGGAGCCGGAGCCCCGCCCCGCCCCUGUACAGACCCUCGCGGAGGACGUCGGGAGCAGAAGCAGCCCCCCAAUGCCAAUAUAAGCCAUAGUCCUAGGUCCAUCCUGCCCACGCCCCUCCCGCCUCAGGAGCCUCACCCCUUUCCCGCACUGCCAUCGCCGCUCCCAACCCUGGGCAAGGGCGUGACCCCGGGGACCCCUGCCAUCCGUGCCCGCCCCAUGCUCCUCACCCGCAGGUGGUCGCCCGCCCCCGCCACCGUCCUUGCCGUUCGCCACCCACCCAGCCAGGUGGAGGUCAGGGACCCUAAGGGUCAGCCCCGGGAGCACCCCUGGGCUUAUCGGCUCUGCAUGGGUGGCGCUUGUCGGGGCCCAAACUCAGGAGCACAGCCAUAGUGGGGGCGGGGCCCGGUUGUGCGGAUUGGGCUGGGGUGGGGGGCGGGCAUUUGGUGCCUGUGCCCCUCCUGGCGCAGGCGGGUGCAGCCCUCACCCUGCGCACCUCCCGGGUUUCUGGACCUGCUGGGCCUGAGCUUCCGUCUUCCUGUCUGCUGGUUGCCCACGGGCACGCCUCUCCAUCGCAGGCCCCGCAUCCUCUGUCCCGCCCUUAGGAACGCCAUGCCAUGGGGAACACAGCAACAGGUCUGGGGAUAGUCAGACAAUCCUCCAGUCCCUGCGCACACCCCUAUAGCGCGUUCCCAGUCCUGCCCCUUCCUGGUGGCCUGUCCUCCACGGGGGGCCCUGUGCCACCCACUCCACGCCCACCUUCCAGAGCUGGGGAGGCCCGAGGAACCCCAGUGCGGCGACAGACUGCCCUGGUGGUCGGAGAGUGCGGGCCCUGGGCUGGGGCCACCAAGGUCCCUCCCGCAACCCAAAAGGCCCGUCCACCCCGUGCCGCCCAUCCCUGUGUUUGCCUCCAUCCUUGUUUAUUUUGCAUCACGAUCCGUUGAAUCUCAGGUAAAUGAGGUCUCUGUAUUUGAAGAGUUUUAUCUCGACCGAAAGGCCGUAGCCUCGGUCCCCCGGCCCUUUCUGUCCACAUCAAAACUUCAUUAAGUGUCCACGAGUUGCGGGCCAGGGGCGUGGCCUGGGGCCUUCAUGACCUUACAUAGCUCUUUAGAGAAGCCAUAACAAUUAGACUGCAAUACUUAACUGCGAACGCCCCUCCAUCCGCGGCGGCGAGAGCUUGCGGGCGCCUAGGCGCGCCAGGUUCCCCCGUGCCGCCCGGCGCCUCCCGGGUCCGCGACUUUUUAAAUGCCUGUCAUCAUACGUUGAGCAGACUGGGCGCUCUCUCGCGUUAACCCCGCAUCCUGUUCCCAGCGCAUGGGGCGCCCUGCCGCCACGCUUACUGUAGACUGUGGGCGUUACCUGUCUGUCUGUCCCUGCGCCUCCUCCUGCAUGCUGGGGGCCCUCACGUGUGUUCUCUCUGGAUGGAAUCACAGCCAAUAAACAGUGAUUUCGCAUCGUGUUCUAUUUCA